GUAAGGAGUGUUACUACAAGUCCUUAUACAAUUUUCUCCUGUUUGUAAGGAUUUCUACAUUACGCCCAAAGAAUGCAAGGAAAUAGCAAAUUAUGUGAAAGAAUGGCUUUCAUAUAUUUUGACAAUUUCAAAUGUGUUGAAAAUAAUUCUGUCUCCCCAUUUUAUCAAUGAAACUGAUUUAGGCUUCAGUCCAGCCUUUUAAUGAAUUAUAAAUUAGCUUCUUAGGGCAUAAAGUUGUGAGAUAAGAGGGCUCAGUGUAUGCUCUCCCAACAAGAUGUCCCAGUUUAUUCGGAAAGUGUUACAAUGUGAUUCUUAUUUUUUUUAUAUACAUAGUCCUACUAUGUAGCUCUAGUAGGAGUUCUUAAUUUAAACCUUAAUGGUUAAAAAAAGCAAACAAAACCCCUUUUAAAAUUAACCCUUGAAAGAUACAGCUGGGGCUUAAAUUUUGGACUAUAUUGCUUAAAUUAAAAAAAAAAUAAUAAUAAAGCAGCGGUUCCAGUGAUGUAUUUUGGAGAUCUUCAAAUCUUAAAAAUGUAGCAAAACUUCUUUAAAAAGUUGAAAGCCUGUCAAGGUGGUAGUUUAUUCCGUUCCUCGAGUCACAGGGCAUUCACACCGGUCCAAGGAUUCAAAAUGUGUCCGGCACAGAAAGGUUACUUAGGUAAUAAAAUGAUUCCCAAAAGAUGGAGGGGUUGGGGGAGGCUUUUGCUAAACUGUCCUGGGAAUAAUUUCCAAAGAGCGUUAUAGACCAGAAGCAACCGUUAGGGCGGCCACACCAGCGUGUCCCUCCUCGGCGCCGAAGCCGUGGAACUCCCUCAGUUUGGGUCGCCUCUGCGCCUCUCCGGGCCGCACGUCCCCACCUUUGCACCGUGCAGCCCGCACUGGGCGUGGGCGCUCGCUCAGGAUUGAGGCGUCCGGGCGCCCCAACCACGGCCACAACCCUUCCUCCCGCCCCAGUUCUGCGUCCCGCAACACAGAGUCCACACAACAGAUCCUUGUCAAGUUGUGGUGGGAAUAAUCUCAAUGCUGACUUCCAGGAGGUCGGCCAGGCUGUGAAGGACUGAAAGAGCUCAUUUUAGGCUUAGGACGCUCACUUCAGAGCCGGGUGGUGCAGGCGGACAUGGUGCGGUGGUCCAAGCAGGGGAGUCAGUUGUCAAAAGGGGGGCUAGGGCCCGUGGAAAAGGUGGAAUUCCCCACUUCCCUCUUCUCACGUGGGCCUCACACGCUCCUCGCUGCGCUCCAGCUCACCUAGCCGCCGCCCCAGCGCCCCGCCGCCCCGCCGCCCCAGCGCCCCGCCGACGUCCACCCCCCAGCUGCUAACUAGCAGACUUUAAGACCGCGCGGAAUCCAACGAAGGGAGGCGGCCGGGCAGGAGCUGGGCGUGGCUUUCAGAGAGAGACGGCCCCUGAGGGCGGGGAGACCUACGCAACCGCCGACUCAGGCCGCUGAUUGGCUGAAGCGCCUGCGCGGAGUCAGCAAGCGUCUCCGCCCAGCACGGCCGCUCCUCCUCUUCUCCUAGUCGCUUGGUCUGCACCAGCUCGCGAGGGAAUCUCUCCGGCGCCGCCGCCCCAGCCCAGUAAGGACGACAGGAGAGAGGAAGGCGGAAGGAGGACACGCUUGCUCACUCCCACCCGCACCAGGGCUCCCAGAGCCAGCGCAGAGCCCAGAGGGAGGAGCCGCCGCGGGCACGCCCCGCCUCCGGCCAGGGAAGAAGACGCCAGCGACCUCCUCGGCCGGCCGCCGCCCCCCUCUCCGGCGGAGACCCGCCCCUGGCCCUGGCCUCCCCUGGCGGCAUGGAGGAACCCCGCUUUUGACGGCUGCGCCGCCGCCUCGGCCCCCGCCCCUCCUCCCAGCCCUUCCCGCUCGCAUGUCCGCGCCGCCUUAGCCGAGGAUGCUGAGGAUGAAGCUGCCGCUGAAGCCGACGCACCCCGCGGAGCCGCCGCCCGAGGCGGAGGAACCCGAGGCGGACGCGCGGCCGGGCGCUAAGGCGCCACCGCGCCGUCGCCGCGACUGCCGCCCCCCGCCGCCACCGCCCGCGGGCCCGCCGCGAGGACACCCGCCGCCGCCGCCCCGGGGGCUCGGGCCGCCUGUUGCUGGCGGAGCGACGGCAGGGCCGGGCAUGCAGGGCGGCUCCGGGCCCGCGGCGGCGCUGCGUGAGCAGGAGCGGGUGUACGAGUGGUUCGGAUUGGUGCUCGGCUCGGCGCAGCGCCUGGAGUUCAUGUGCGGGCUGCUGGACUUGUGCAACCCGCUGGAGCUGCGCUUCCUCGGCUCGUGCCUGGAGGACCUGGCGCGCAAGGAUUACCACUAUCUGCGCGACUCGGAGGCCAAGGCCAACGGUCUCUCGGACCCGGGUCCGCUGGCGGACUUCCGAGAGCCCGCCGUACGCUCGCGCCUCAUCGUCUACCUGGCGCUGCUGGGCUCCGAGAACCGUGAGGCCGCCGGCCGCCUGCACCGUCUCCUGCCCCAGGUGGACUCGGUGCUCAAGAGCCUGCGCGCGGCCCGGGGCGAGGGCUCGCGGGGCGGCGCAGAGGACGAGGGCGGCGACGGGGAGGAGGACGCUGAGAAGGACGGCUCCGGACCAGAAGGCAGCGGCGCUGAGCCCCGGGCGGGCGACGAGCUGGGCUUCAGGGCCCAGGAGGAACUGCUGCUGCUCUUCACCAUGGCUUCGCUGCACCCGGCGUUCUCUUUCCACCAGCGGGUCACCCUGAGGGAGCACUUGGAGAGGCUCCGCAGCGCGCUCCGCGGGGGCCCGGAAGACACGGAGGUGGAGCGGUGCAACUUUGCGGGCCCCAGAGCCCAGAGUGACUCUGCUCAUGGUGAUUACAUGCAAAGCACUGAGGCCAGUUUAAUAGAACACGCCCCAAUACCUCAUGACGGACUUACUGUGGCACCUCAUAGAACCCAGCGAGAAGCUGUACACAUUGAGAAGAUAAUGUUGACAGGAGUCCAGAGAAAAAGGGCUGACAAAUAUUGGGAGUACACCUUCAAAGUAAAUUGGUCUGAUCUUUCAGUCACUACAGUAACAAAAACCCACCAAGAACUACAGGAAUUUCUACUGAAGCUUCCAAAGGAAUUGUCUUUAGAGACUUUUGACAAGACCAUCCUAAGAGCCCUGAAUCAGGGCUCGCUGAAAAGGGAGGAACGGCGACAUCAUGACCUAGAGCCCGUCCUAAGGCAGCUAUUCUCAACAUCAUCACAAGCUUUUCUACAGAGUCAGAAAGUACACAGCUUUUUCCAGUCCAUAUCAUCAGACCCUCUGCACAGCCUCAAUAACUUGCAAUCCUCUCUGAAGCCUUCCAAGAUACUAGAACACUUAAAAGAAGACAGCUCGGAAGCGUCAAGUCAAGAAGAAGAUGUGUUACAGCAUACCAUGAUCCACAAGAAACAUACCGGGAAAAGUCCCAUUGUGAACACUGUAGGUACGAGUUGUUCCCCGUUGGAUGGGCUCACCGUGCAGUAUUCAGAACAGAACGGAGUCGUGGACUGGAGGAAGCAGAGCUGCACCACCGUGCAGCACCCAGAGCACGGUGGGACCUUAGCGGACCAGCAUUCAACUGAAAAACGAAGCUUAUCUUCAAUAAAUAAGAAGAAAGGAAAGCCACAAAUAGAAAAGGAGAAAAUUAAGAAAACUGACAGCAGAUUGAAUAGUAGAAUAAAUGGUAUUAGAUUCUCCACUCCUCAGCGUGCCCAGGGUGGUUCUGUGAAAGAAUUGUUAUUUUUAGAUGUGAAUUUGGACAUCGGAUCUGGACACGACACGUGUGGAGAAACAUCUUCAGAGAGUUACAGUUCUCCGUCUAGCCCACGGCAUGAUGGAAGAGAGAGUUUUGAAAGUGAAGAAGAAAAAGACAGAGACACAGACAGCAAUUCUGAGGACUCUGGGAACCCGUCGGCAACUAGGUUUACAAGUUACGGUUCCAUCAACCAGACGGUCACUGUCAAGCCACCUGUUGAAAUUGCUUCAUUAGGAAAUGACAAUGGAAGCCUUUUAGAAGAUCCCUUAAGCUCGUCCAAGUAUCAGCAUAUUUCUUUUAUGCCAACUUUACACUGUUUCAUGCACAGCGGUGCCCAGAAGUCGGAAGUCAUUGUUCCCCCGCGCAAAUCUGCUGACGGCAAAACGAUAGGCAUGCUUGUUCCGAGUCCCGUUGCUCUCUCUGCAAUCAGGGAGUCCGCCAGCCCAGCCCCUGUUGGGGUACUAGGGCCCGCAGCUUCUACUGGAGAAGCAGAAAAACACCUCGAACUCCUGGCCGCCCCGUUACCUCUCCCAUCGACGUUCCUGCCGCACGCCGGCACUUCGGCUCUGCACCUAACAAUUCAGAGGCUCAAGUUGCCACCGCCGCAGGGAUCCUCUGAGAGCUGCACAGUUAAUGUCCCGCAGCCACCAGCCGGGAGUCUGAGCAUCGGACCACCAAGCACUGCCUUUCUGCCUGUUCAUAACCCAGGUGGUUUUCCAGGACCUCCUGGUGCUACCACAGAGCCCAUCACCAAACCUGCAUCCCAAGUGGUAGGACUCAGUCAAAUGGUGCCUCAGAUGGAGGGGAACACAGGAUCAGUCCCUCAGCCUACCAGUCUGAAGGUCGUCCUUCCAGCAGCUGGCCUCUCAGCUGCACAGCCACCAGCUUCCUACACCUUACCCGGCUCCCCCCUUGCUGCCAGUGUGUUACCCACCCAGAAUUCCAGUGUGCUCAGCACAGCGGCGACGUCGACCCCGUCAGCAGGUGUAGGCAGCAGUCAGGCCCCAUCUGGUCCCGCAGUUCCCACUCACACCCCAGGCCCCGCCCCCAGCCCAAGCCCCGCGUUGACACAUAGUACUGCACAGAGCGACAGCACAUCCUACAUCAGUGCUGUGGGGAACAUGAAUGCUAAUGGGACAGUGUUGCCGCCACAGCAGAUGGGCUCAGGCCCUUGUGGUUCUUGUGGGCGAAGGUGUAGCUGUGGAACCAAUGGAAACCUCCAGCUAAAUAGUUACUAUUAUCCUAACCCGAUGCCCGGACCAGUGUACCGAGUCCCGAUCUUCCCUCUGCAAUCCAUCUGCAAUGGCAGCUACCUCAACCAAGCACAUCAGAGCAGCGGAAACCAACUUCCUUUCUUUCUGCCUCAGACCCCAUAUGCAAAUGGACUGGUGCAUGACCCGGUCAUUGGGACCCAAGCCAGCUAUGGCAUGCAGCAGAUGGCAGGAUUUGGGAGAUACUAUCCCACGUAUCCAGCGCCCAGUGUAGUUGCCAACACGAGCGGUUCGGGGCCCAAGAAGAAUGGGAAUGUUUCCUGUUACAACUGUGGUGUAAGUGGACACUAUGCACAGGAGUGUAAGCAAUCGUCCAUGGAGGCCAGUCAGCCAGGCACUUACAGACUGAGAUACGCACCUCCCCUCCCCCCUUCCAAUGAUACGUUGGACUCUGCAGACUGAAACAAGUAAAGCUUGCCUACCUAAUACACGAAGUGUGGGGAGUCAUGGUGGGGCGUGGAGGGGAGGAAAGGAAAGGUAUUUUGUGUUUCCUUGUCUGUACAUUUCCUAGAUUUCUAUGCAGUUGGGGUUUUCAUUUCUCUUGUACCAAUGUCCAAAACAAAAACAACACAUUGCUUUUGAGCCUCUGAUCUCCUGGUUCAACAACAGGCUUAUCUGUAUGAUACGUGUAAUUUAAACAUCCAAACAAACUAUCAAAAGGAAAAUGUGGAUACGUGCUUUUUUUUUAACACUGAAUACUUGCUGUGUGCAAUGUUUACUGAAUCUUUAAAACUGUGUAUUUGACCUUUUUUUACAACACUGGUGACAGUCGUAUGGUUUUAAAAAAAAGAUACUUUGCUUCUUCCCCAGCUUUUCUCACUUUCACCCUAAACUACACGUUUCUCCCCACCACCCUGCCCCUUUCCAGUCACCACCUGCAGGAGUCUUCGGGGUGCCCUCAUGGGUCCGCACUUGUCAGCUGCUCUGCAUAUGAAUUGAGGGGAAUGGUUUCCCCUUAAUGUUAAGGGAGAAGUCAGAUUCCCAAAACAGUGUAUAUAUGUAAUAAGCAGCAUCACGUAAAUACAUAUAUGCAGUGCUUAUUGUCCAAAUAAAAAUUAAACUAAGUGGAAGAGAGGAAGAAGUAAAACCAUAUGAAACUGAAAAAAAAAAAUGUGUGAAGUGGACAGAGAGCUUUUUCUUAAAAAAAGAAACAACUUUUUUACUUCAUCAUACUUUUUUAGCCUGUUGCUUCAGAGAGACAUAAAGUGAACAAAGUCGUGUGAAUGUUGCUCUCCUGUGUGUGUGUAAUGACAGCCAAUCGUAGUCUCCCUGUGUCGUGCUACUACGAGACACCACCGAUUUCUCCUCUCCCUGACCACCUGUUACAGUGUUACCUUGUGUUUAAAAUGUGUAUGGUUUAUUGCAAUCUGAACAGAAACUCGGCAUUUCUACAAAAGUCAGGUGUUUGUUCCCUAACCUGUCUCUCAUGGCAACGUCCCUUUUAUAACAGUUUACCACUAUGCUUGAUUAUAAUGUGAAAGACUGAGUUCUGAGUGUGGUAAGAUGGUGUUAAUCAUGUCAGUGUCAUGUCACUAAGUUUAAUGCUGCUGUUUUAAAAAAAAAAAAAUUUUUUUUGAAAGCCAAUCUAUGUACUAAAUUGCUUCCAGGUAAUUUUUGAUUUCCUAAAGUGCACUGAGGUUAUCUGGGAGACAGCGUGUCUUCUUUGGCCUGCUGUGUUCCCCAGCAGCGAGCAGCCACCACUGUGCAGUCCCAGGGUGAGGGGCGCGCCUCAGCACCAAGCUGACAUGACAGACCUCUGCGGGGCGCAGUGGCGCUGGUUUGCAGCAGGGAACUUCAAUAUUUGGUCUUGGUUCAGAAGCCUAACAGAUCGCUAGACAAGAGGAAAAACUUGAAGAAAAAAGAAGCUUCAUUUAAUGCUUCAUAGGUAGCAUUUAUAUUUAUAGCACCAAUGUACAUUUUGAAACUUUCAGGGGUGGGGGGUUAACGGGGAAGGGAGAGGGGAGGGUGUGAAGGGGUAGAUGAAAGCUUUAAUUUAAAAAUAAAAAAAGUGCGAGGAAAGGAAAUUAUUUUGAUGAAAUAUAUUUUAUUUGAUCUGGGUAUUUUUGGACCACACUAUUAAAUUAAUUGUUAAGCUGCAGUUGAGUUGUUCAAGUGAGGGUUUUGAUAAGCCACAUGUGGACUGCGUGGUGAGUCACGUGCCAGUUGUACUUACGGAGCUUAGUUUAUGAUUUAAAACACUGUACUGUACAUAGGAGGUAUGUUACCUUCUCCUGAUUUGUAUGUUUACCAUAUACUUUGAUAUUUGAAAUGUUAUGUACUGGAAAGGCCACUUAUAUUUCUAGAACAGAUUGGAUUUUAUGCAACCUUUUUUCCUUGAAUUAACAGCAAUAAAAAAAUGAAAAACA